AUUGAUUUUCGUUUGCAGACAAUACAGUAUGGUUCUGGAGAAAUAUGGAAAAUUAUGGUUUUUUAUUUGAUCCAUUGAUUGGAAUUAUAUCAGUAGACAUUUAUUUUUUUGCAAGUGGAUUUUUGGUGGCUCAUUGGUAUUUGAGAGAUAAAGCAAACAAAAUUCUGAUUAAGCAAAUUCAAUAUAGAGAAAAAUUAAAUGAACUUUUGAUCAAUAUAGUAAAAAGAUUUCUUCGGUUGACACCAGUUUAUAUAAUGGUAUUAGGAAUAAUGCAAGUAAAUUCAGAAUGGCUUGAUAAGACAUCACAAAUUUAUAUGAAUGAGAAGUCGCACGAAAUUUGCGCAAAGUACUGGUGGAGAAAUCUUCUAUACAUAAAUAAUUUCUUUGAUGUCGAUACAUUGUGCAUGAGUUGGAGCUGGUAUCUAGCUGUCGAUAUGCAAAGUCAUGUAAUCGUUUUAAUGGUAUUAAUUUUAUCAACUAUGUAUUUCUAUGCCGCUGUUAUAAUAUCAGGUGCGCUUUUAAUAGGCUCGAUUAUUUUUACUGGCUAUACUUCAUAUAUUUAUGAAUAUGUUCCCACGUAAGUUAUUUUACACACUCGUAUAUAAAUAAAAAGGUAGUAUUAUGGCCCAUGUAGGUAUUGUGGUCACUUGUAUUACCUCCGUUAUUAGCCUUCCAUUAUUCUCGUGCGACAAACGAACAUAAAUACUUUCGUGCGAACGCUGCGUUACGUCUGCAUAUGUAUCGCUAUAUUAGUUAGUUAUAUUAUAGUUUUCUUAGAUCACACUGAGUUGAUCGUUGAAAGAAAAAAUAAAUUAAUCAAAGAAAUAAAAAUAAUAAAUACAGUCCACGUUGUAUCAACACAGUCUUGUAAAAACAAAACAAUGUAACGCUCGGUUCGUUGAUAGAAAAUUAGUGAGAAUACGCAACGGCGCGUGUCGUGUCGAUUGUACAUACGUAUUUGCUUUCAUAAUCGCCGCACUCAGAUGUACCAUACGUUAACAUUUUUAAAGUCUUUAAUAAAAAUUUUAUUAAACAAAGAAUAACCGUACAAAUAUAAUCUAGAUUAUCUAAAAAAUUAUAAGUGAAAAGUUAAAAAGUUAUAAAUAUAUAUUUUAUAUUAGAUCUGUGCAAUUAAAAAAAUUAGAUGUGACUUGAGCGUUUGCCUGAUAUGAGACCUACGGAUAGUUAAGUAUAUUUAGUGAAUAUUAAACAAAUUCCAGUAAUUACUUUAAAAAUUAUUUGUUUAACUGGCAGCGUUAUGUAGUAACAAUAAUAUACCAAUAUUUAAUAUAAUAGUCGACUUUUGUUACAAAAUAUUUUUACUUUCGAGCUUUUUGAAAUAUUUUAAAAUAGAGGAAAAACGGCGGGCGUGGAAUAUAUCUAGGGUGUUGAAAUAUCAUGAUACCUUGUAUAAUGCGCGUUGAAUUCUAAAAGCAAUUUAACCAUUAAAAUGAUUUUGUUACAGUAUUUAACAUGUGUUUUUAUAACACAGUUUACUAUAUUAAUUCGCCAUAUUACAUCUGGCAUUUCGAUUUUUGUAUUUUUGAUAUCCGUUUAAUAAUCAGCAAUCUCGAAAACACAUAAAUAACAGUAAGUUUCAAGCAAAUUCGGUCGAU